AUGUGUCCUCCAAAAACUUGCAAAGCUGGCAUCUUGGAACAGUUUGAGGGUCACCGCGCGCCCAUCACCGCAGUCCGAAUUCCCUGCGUCGAGGGCUCCGCCGAAUCCCCACCCCUCUUUCUCACCACUUCCAUGGACUGCAGUGUGAAGCUUUGGUCAAAGAAGGACACCUUCCCUAUCUUCUCCUUUGACGACCGUAUCGCCUACUUCCUCGAUUGUGACUGGUCCCCUGUGCAUCCGGCUCUCUUCACCACCGUGGAUCUCGGCGGACAACUGGAUGUCUGGAAUUUGAACCUUGAUCAUGAGGUAGGCCUAGAAAGAUGA